AUUUAAAUAUCUUUAUAUAAUAUCUUUGUAAAUUUAAAAUGGAACAAGUAAUGGAAUUUAUAAUUAAAAAUAAAUAUACUCUAGGUAUAGCAUUGGGUGGUAGUUUAUUAUUAGGCUCUUAUUUAACCCCAAAAAAUCAAAUUAAAUAUGAACGUGAUGUUGUAUAUGUAGCAGAUUUUCCAUCAACAAAUACAGAUUUACCAUCUUAUUCACCAUUUGUUUUAAAAGUUAUUGUAUUUUUAGAGUAUAAUAGCAUUCCAUAUCAUGUUGAUAAGAGUGGCAAAUUAGGUCCAAAUCCAAGAGGUAAAAACCCAUUCAUCCGUUAUAAUGAUGAGUUUGUUUACGACUCUCAUUUCAUCAUCGAGUGGUUAAAAACCAAAUUUAAUAUUGUAACCAAUAUGGAAAUUUUAGAUAAUGUUGAAGAGGCAAAAUCCUAUUUAGUAAAAAGAUUUGUUGAUGAGGCUUUUACAAAACUUGUAGCUUAUAACAGAUGGGUAGAUCCAGUUUCAUCAAAAGAGAUUUUACCAAGAAUGUUUAGUGGUAUCGAAAACAAAUUAAUUAGAAAUAUCGUUAUGUAUUUUGUACAAAGAGGCUCAAGAAAAUCUUAUACAGCUCAAGGUGUUGGACUUUAUACCAAGGAUGAAAUUAAUUCAUUUGUAAAGAGUGAUAUUUUGGCUUUGGCAACUCUUUUGGGUGAAAAGAAAUUUUUUUAUGGUGAUAACCUUACCGUUUCCGAUAUAAGUAUUUUCUCAGCAUUGGCUCAAAUUUUAUUUGUUCCAGUCGAAACUCCAUUACGUGAAAUAUUAUUACAAAACCAAAAUCUCGUUGACUAUAUAGAAAAUGUUAAAACUUUAGUCUUCUCUGAUGCUAAAUGGACAUCCUUGUGCAAAUAAUAAAUUAAUUAAUAAUAUAAAAAUCACAAAUAAUUAUUAAUUUAUAAUAAUAUAUUUAUAUUUAUACAAUAACAUUUAAUUAAAAUCCAAUAUAUCUGAACCAUAAAGUGGUUUAACCCUAAAUUUUUUAGAAAAAAAAAAUAAAAUAAAAAAAGAAGAAAUCUCUGAAAUCUGC